AUGGCUACUGUAUCCACCAACCUCCCCGGUCCUAGCAAGAAUACCGCGUUAUACAUCGCGAUACCAGUGGUGGUGAUCGUCUUUUUGUCUGCCUUCAUGCUUGUUUGUAGGUGUAAGAGAAACCUACGUUCUCCCGAAGUACGACUGCCACCACCUAAGAAUCCAAUCCUUCUACAGUAUUACGAACGAGAGCGAUUUGCGUCGAAUGUCCCCGGUCCUCCGAACGAUAACGCUCCUCCGCCUCGUACCCAUUUGAAUAUGCCCAUCCCUUCUCCUGCACCGACUUCUCAAUAUCCAGCUCUCCCUAUUACCGCGCUCUCUCAUACAUCCACCCAACCCUCCUCUUCUGAGUUCCCUGUCGUGCUCACAGUGGACUCACUGCAAGAACCCGGUCCCCCCGAGCCGGUCCCAACGAGCCUUUUGGAGCGUAUGCGCGAGGUGCAGAGGUUGAUGAUGGAGAUCCACAAGCUGGAGGGUCGUCCAGGAGCUACGGAGCAGGAGCAGGAAGCAAAUCUCCGGAAGAUUCGAGAGCUGCAACGGCGUAUCACAGAGCUCAGCGAACGCGAAGGCGAUCGGGGCGUGGAAGGGACAUCGUCGCCCGCGACACCCGAAAUACGCGAACCACCACCCGCCUAUGCACUCACAUCAUGA